AUGCAGGCUGAAGCCAUCGCGAAGGCUUUUACCGGUCGUUGGGUUGCCAUUUUCGGUGCUCCCUCCGCGGUUACGACUGAUCGUGGUGUGCAGCUUGAGUCUGCACUUUUCUGUGCACUCGUCAAGUUUUUUGGCCGCACACGUAGUCGGACGACAGCCUACCAACAAGCUGCCAACUUUAUGGUUGAGCGUUUCCGUCGCAAGCUAAAGACCGACCUUUGUGCCGCAGAAGACCCUGAAAACUGGCCAGAAAGUCUUCUUCCUGCACCCCUCGGCUUUUGCGCAGCUCUGAUGUCGGAUUUGGACUGUGGUGCAACUGAGUCGGUUAUAGGCACUGCCUCCCGACUACCAUGCGAGAUGGUCACUCCAAACUCUCGUGGUGGUAACGAAAUCCCUGGCAAUUUCGUCCACCGUUUGCGACAAUUUAUACGUUUGCUUUCCCCGAUACCACCACGAACUUCAGCAACUAAGUCUUAUGUCGAAAAAGGCCUGGAAAACUGCACCCACGUGUCUGUCCAUUGUGAAUGUGAGCGUUAGCCGAUAAAAUCAUCAUACAAAAAACCGUUUCAUGUUCUCGUACUCAACAAAACACCUGCCAGACACUUCGCAGUCAUGAGGAGGACGAGGUCAGUGUCGAUGUGGUCAAGGCUGCUGUCGCCGAGGAGCCACCGGACUGUGCUGAUCCCUACACUGCGAUAUCCCACCUUCUCUACUCCAUGCUCCGCCAGUCAUAG